UCUGACUGGGGAGGACUCCGCAGGGAGCCCAGGGAAAUCACAAACCCCCACAAGGCCCUAAAAGAGCCUCCCUCUGCCCUCCCUCUGCAACAGCUCUGUGUUUCAGGUCCCCACGCACACGGGGACAGGGGGCUGGUCAGUCAGUUGCUUAGUUCAAGCUUCUUGCUCUGGACUCGGGUUUCUGCUGACAGCCCCAGUCUGGCUGGUGGGAUUGGAGCUGGGGUGUGGACCAGAGGUGGACCGCGGCCCAGACCUGCCCUCUCACCUGGGCACAAGUGAGGCUAACAGCUGGGAGAGAGCUGUCCUGGCACCUAAGAUCCUGGCUGGGAAACGCCAGUGAGGGCAGGGCUCCAGGAAUCUGGAUCUGCAGGCUGAGUUGGAGGCACUCCACUCCCAUGUCACCUGGAGAAAAACUGGACCCACUUCCUGACAUCUUCAUCUUGCAGCCACCUGUCUUCCAUCCGGUGGUUCCUUAUGUCACAACCAUUUUCGGCGGCCUGCGUGCAGGCAAGAUGGUCAUGCUCCAGGGAAUGGUCCCUGAAGAUGCCCACAGGUUCCAGGUGGACUUCCAGUGCGGCUGCAGCCUGCAUCCCCGGCCCGAUAUCGCCAUCCACUUCAACCCUCGCUUCCACACCACCAAGCCCCACGUUAUCUGCAACACCCUGCAGCACGGGCGCUGGCAAGCCGAGGCCCGGUGGCCCCACCUGACCCUGCAGAGAGGAGCCAGCUUCCUCAUUCUCUUUCUCUUUGGAAACGAGGAAAUGAAGGUGAGUGUGAACGGACAACAUUUUCUCCACUACCACUAUCGGCUCCCGCUGUCUCGUGUGGACACUCUGGGCAUAUUUGGCAACAUCUUGGUGGAGGCCAUCGGAUUCCUGAACAUAAAUCCGUUUGCGGAGGGCGGCAUCGAGUAUCCCAUUGGAUACCCCUUCCUGCUGAAGAGCCCCAGCCUGAAGGUGCCCUGCUCGUGUGCUCUUCCUCGGGGUCUCUGGCCUGGACAGGUCAUCGUACUGCGGGCAUUGGUCUUGUCAGAGCCAAAGGAUUUUGAAACAUGGUCUUACCUGGAUGUUGAAGAACACUAUGGACCACCCAGGACAUUUCUACAGAUCACUUCCACCAGGAGCCACCAACAUCAAGACUUAGCACAGUGCCUGGCAUUCAGCAAGCCCACAAUAAAUGCUGUCACCAUUGUUUUCCGGAAGCAACUGCGGCUUGAAAUGGACAAAGGGAGUAGGAAUUGGAGGGCAUGGAAUUCACCACUGUCUGGGGUGUCCUCCUAGAAUAGAUCCAACAGGAGUCCCUGGAAGGCUGGCCCAAGGUUCACCUUUUCCUGGCUUCACCCCGCCCUGUGUCCCUUGUGCCACCUGGUCUGCCCACUAUCGACCACUUCCUGCCCAGGCGUCACUCACCAGUAGCUUCAGGAGUGUGAUUUCUAAGGUGCCUUUGGAAGUCCCAGAACAGGAAACAGGAUGUGGCUGCCAUAUGAGGGGCAGGGGCCAGGCAGCAGAAAGUCCCCCAAAUCUGGGUCCUAUAUUGUUCCCAGCCCAACCCAAAGCCCCACAGCUAAUACUAGUGACAGGGUCAGCUAGGUGACUUCUUGUCCUUGUCAGUUAUAUGGGCUGCUGAACCUCAAGCCACUGGAUUUCCGGGAGGACUCCGAAAAACACCCACUAUGUGCCGCGCACUUGGUAGAUUUCAUGUACAUGACCUCUUUUGUUCCUAUCAAUGAGAGGUAUUGUAUUAUACAGUAAGAUUUGUUAAACAAUAGGUGUGAUUUGAGCGCUUAUUACACCAGGUGCUGUUCUAGCACUUUACACAUGUUAACUCAGCCAACACAACUCAUGAGACAGGUAUGGUACUCCUCUCCCCAUACUACAGAUCAGGAAACUGAGGCACGGAGCCAUGAAGUGACGUCCCCAAGCUCACAGGACUAGAAAGCAGUAGAGCAGGGUUGAAGCCAGAUAGACUAGCUCUAACCCCCACAGUAUACCUGGCCUAUAGCACCCAAUAAAUGUUAGCUACUACUUAUAUAAUUCUCCCCAUCCCAAGGAGGGGGAAACGAGGCAAGGUAAUUUGCUCUCCCAGGGUCCUCUAACUGGUGGGUGGCAAUGUGGGGACUCUGUCAGGUGUGCCUGGGACUCGCUCAGGUGUUCCCACCCCUCUGAGCUGCUGAAUCUUCCAGCUGCACUCCCACAUCUGUCUCGGUGCUCAAGAUCCAGCAGCCACAGCUUGGAGAAGUCAGGGAGCCCCUUCUCUGGCCCCUUC